UUCUGAAAGUGUUCUCUAUUGGUUUUGUUAAGUUUGAUUUUAACUGCAGACUGCAUAUUAUUUUAUGGUGUGAGUUUAUUCAACAAAAAUAUAUUUUCCAGAGACACAUAAAAAUGGAGUCAUCAGCAACAGAAAGCUUGAGGCUACCUUCUUUCAUGCCACCAACAAACAACAUACUGGUUAUAAAAGACAAGCUUAACUUGGUGGUAGAACUUUUGGCUUUUUUGUUUGUAAUCCUCCCCUAUUACCUGUUGCUGACCGUUUAUAGAAAACUAUAUCCACCACCUGAAAAAUCUCUCCAAACAAAAAAUGUUAUCGUAACAGGGGCAGGCCAUGGCCUUGGGAGGGGACUCGCCCUGAGGCUGGCACGGGAGGGAGCCAAGGUGGCAGUGGUCGACGUAGACGGCAUCUCUGCAGCUCAGACUGCCAGGGAUAUUGUGGAAACUGGAGGAGUGGCCAGGUCAUAUGUUACUAAUGUAGCAAAAAUAGAGGAGAUUCGCAAGCUGCAUGUGAAUGUUGUCAGAGAUCUCGGACCUGUGGACUUACUGAUCAACAAUGCAGGUCUUCUUUACACAGCAAGUAUUAAGGACUCGUCAGAAGCUGAGAUUAGGACUGUCAUGGAUGUUAACCUACUCAGCCACUUUUGGAUUGCUCAAGAAUAUCUUACAGAAAUGAAAAGUCGCAAUUCAGGCCAUAUUGUUGCCAUCAGUUCUAUGGCAGCCAUUGCAUCGGUUGCAAAUGGUUCUGCUUACUCUGCAAGCAAAUGGGGUGUCUGCGGGUUUAUGGAGGUUUUGAGAGCUGAACUGAACCAAAAUCAAAAAAACAAUGUAAAAACUACAACAAUAUUGCCAUACUUCAUCAAUACUAGUGAGCAAUAUGUCAACAGAUGGGAUAUCAGGUUGCCACCCCUGUCUAUAGAUGAAGUAGUGGAGGAGAUCGUCACAGCAGUGAAGAGGGAGGAGGUCUUGCUGUCCAUCCCCAGACACAUGUAUUACACCUCUCUAAUCAAAUUACUCCCAGUUGAUAUAGGAGAUUAUUUCUUUUCUAUCUUAUAUUGCAAACUCAAACCACCGUCUGAAGAGGAAAAACUAACUGAUCGUACACAUAACUUAAUUUCUGAGCAAAUAACAAACUAGCAAUUAAAAGAGUAACAUUGUUGAAAAGUGUAAUAAUUUGAUUAGUUCAAUCUGGACGUAUAAAGGUUGUUUUUUAGUGCUACUUUAAAUUAAAAUGUUGUAAAGAGGAAAUAUCAGUAUUAAGAUAAUUAUACAUAACUUAAAUAAACUGGUAUAUUGUCUGUU